AUGACAAAGUCAUAUGAGUUCAACUGGCAGAAGCCUGUGCCUGAGUUCAUGCAAGAGGGCGCCUCUUUCGACAGAUUUGAUGAGGACCCGUACAUCUUUGAGCCAAAUUGUCAGGUGAAGGUGGAUGAGUAUGGCUUCUUCGUCUCGUGGAAAAGUGAAGGAAAGGAGGGCCAGGUGCUGGAGUGCUCCCUUAUCAAUAGUAUCCGCGUCGGUGCCACUCCAAAGGACCCUAAAAUCCUGUCGUCGUUCGAGGCCAUUGGCAAGACAGAGGCCGACCUGGAAGGCUGUAUCAUCUGUAUCUGCAGCGGUGCCGAUCUGGUCAACCUCAACUUUAUGUUCAUGGUGGCAGAGAACGCAGACACGGCCAGGAAAUGGACGGAGGGGUUGAGAUCAGUGAUUCACAACUUCAAAGCCAACAACGUUUGUCCGAUGACUUCUCUGAAAAAACACUGGAUAAAGAUGUGCGUCCUGACCAAUGUGAACGGCAAGAUUCCUGUUAGAGGGAUUACACGGACGUUUGCGUCUGGCAAGACCGAGAAGGGUAUUUUCCAGGCCUUGAAGGAUUUGGGCCUUCCUAGUGGCAAGAAUGAUGAAAUUGAGCAAUCGGUGUUCACGUUUGACAUUUUCUACGCACUCACGCAGAAGAUUUGCCCUCGCACGGACUUAGAGGACCUUUUCAAGAAGAUCAAUGGGAGCAAAAGUGAUUAUUUAACAGUAGACCAGUUAGUCAGCUUUCUCAAUGAAAACCAGCGGGACCCUCGGCUCAACGAGAUCCUCUUCCCGUUCUACGACCCCAAGAGAGCCACCCAGAUCAUCGAGAAAUACGAGCGGGAUGAAGAGCUGAAGAAGAAAGGCCGCAUGUCCAGCGACGGUUUCUGCCGCUACCUAAUGUCGGAUGAAAACGCGCCAGUGUUCCUGGACCGCCUCGAGCUGUACCAGGACAUGGACCAGCCGCUGGCUCACUACUUCAUCAGUUCGUCCCACAACUCCUACCUGACGGGCCGACAGUUUGGCGGCAAGUCAUCGGUGGAGAUGUAUCGCCAGGCAUUGCUCUCUGGGUGCAGAUGCGUUGAGUUGGACUGCUGGGACGGCAAAGGGGAGGACCAGGAGCCCAUCAUCACUCACGGCAAAGCCAUGUGCACAGACAUCCUUUUCAAGGAUGUGAUCCAAGCUAUCAAGGAAACGGCUUUCGUCACCUCGGAGUUUCCUGUUAUUUUAUCCUUUGAAAACCACUGCAGUAAACCACAGCAGUACAAAAUGGCCAAGUACUGCGAAGAGAUCUUUGGCGACUUUCUACAGAAGCAGCCCCUAGAGAACUUUCCGAUCGAAUCUGGUCGACCUUUGCCCUCGCCAAAUGACCUCAAACGAAAAAUCCUCAUCAAAAAUAAGCGGUUGAAACCCGAAGUGGAGCAGAAGCAACUGGAGGCCUUCAAAAAGCACAUGGAGGCAGGAGAGACCAACACCACUGCCAUUAUCAUGGGAGAGGAGGACGACGCAGAGAACGGAGAAAAGGAGCCCGAUGAUAAGGAUGUGACUUCAGAAGCGCCUAGCAGCCUGUCGGAGGCGACCAGUGACAAGGAGGCCAACAGUGACUCUCAACCUAAUGCCAACAGUGACUCUCAACCUAAUGCUGCAAGCACGAAGAAAGUCGAAGAGUCCAACAACAGUAUCAAGAAGGUGCCCGACAACGACGCAAAAGAGGCAUCCGAAGCUACGGAAGUAGCUGACGUUACAGAUAUCUCAGAGGCGUCCGACCCAGACAACAACAAGAAGGGCGGCGACGGCUCCGAGGACUUGGAGGAGGCUUUGAUUGCUCAGUAUACAUACGUGGGCGCCACCACAAACAUCCACCCGUUCCUCUCCGCUAUGGUCAACUACGCGCAGCCUGUCAAGUUCCAGAGUUUUGAUGUAGCCGAGGAGAAAAAUAUCCAUCACAACAUGUCAUCUUUCAACGAGUCGGUGGGCCUCGGCUAUUUGAAGACUAACGCCAUCGAAUUUGUCAACUACAACAAACGUCAGAUGAGCCGUAUCUACCCCAAAGGGGGUCGAGUGGACUCCAGUAAUUACAUGCCUCAGAUCUUCUGGAACGCCGGCUGCCAGAUGGUCUCGCUCAACUUCCAGACCCCAGAUUUGUCCAUGCAGCUGAACCAAGGGAAGUUUGAGUACAACGGCUCCUGCGGGUACCUACUGAAGCCUGACUUCAUGCGGCGGUCGGACCGCAUGUUUGAUCCCUUCUCAGAGACGCCGGUGGAUGGGGUCAUUGCCGCCACGUGCAGUGUACAGGUUUUUUCAGGCCAGUUCCUUUCGGACAAGAAAAUUGGCACGUACGUGGAGGUGGACAUGUAUGGCCUGCCGACUGACACCAUCCGCAAAGAGUUCCGCACGCGCAUGGUGAUGAACAACGGGCUCAACCCAGCCUACAACGAGGAGCCCUUUGUCUUUAGAAAGGUAAUCUUGCCGGAUCUGGCGGUGCUGCGGCUAGCGGUGUACGACGACAACAACAAGCUGAUCGGCCAGCGCAUCCUUCCGCUGGACGGCCUGCAGGCCGGCUACCGCCACAUCUCGCUGCGGAACGAGGGCAACAAGCCCCUCUCGCUGCCCACCAUCUUCUGCCAGAUCAUCCUCAAAACCUACGUGCCCGACGGCUUUGGGGCAUUUGUCGAAGCUUUGUCCGACCCAAAGAAGUUUCUGACAAUCGCGGAGAAGAGAGCUGACCAGAUGAAAGCCCUCGGCAUCGAUACGAACGACAUCGCUGACGUCCCUAGCGGAAGCUCCAAAAACGACAAAAAGGGAAAGGGCAAAGGGGACACGGUGAAGGCCAGCGUGACGCCACAGAGCAGCGCGGAUGUCGCGCAGACCUCCAACGCGGCCCAGAACAACACGGCGGAGACCAAGAAAGAUAACGCAUUGGUACCGAAUGUCAGCAUUGACGACUUAAAGCAAAUGAAGACGUACCUUAAACUCAUUAAAAAGCAGCAAAAGGAUUUGAGCACUAUAAAGAAGAAGCACUUGAAGGAUCAAAACACGAUGCAGAAAGCGCACAGCACGCAGGUGGACAAGAUGGCAUCGGCGCACGACAAAGAGAAGAGCACACUGGAGAAGCUGCUGGAGAAAGCCAUUAAGAAACGAGGGGAAAACAACUGCCAAGAACUGAAGAAGGAAACCGAAGUCAAGAUCCAAAAGCUGGUCACCGAUCACAAAGCAAAGGUAAAGGACUUGACGGCGCAGCACACCAAGGAAUGGUCGGAGCUCAUCGGCGGCCACGCCAGUGAAGAGCAGGGGCUGAAGGAUGCCCACGUCACGCAGCAGUGCGAGCACCUCAAGAAGCUGCUGAGUAGCGUUCAGGAGCAGCAGACCUCACAGCUCAAACUCAUACAUGAACGGCAGAGCAAAGAGAUGCGAGCCAACCAGGCCAAGAUGUCUAUGGAGAACAGCAAAGCUAUUAGUCAGGAUAAGAGCAUCAAAAACAAGGCGGAGAGGGAAAGGAGAGUGCGAGAGUUGAACAGCACCAACACGAAGAGGUUCAUGGAUGAGAGAAAGAGGUUGGCCAUGAAGCACCAGAAGGAAAUAGAGCAGUUGGAGAAGAACCAGAAAGAGCAAGUGGAGAAACUGGACAAGUUUAAUGAGCAGCUUUUGGCAUCACACCAUGAAAACAAACAAAAAGGCAAAGGAAAUGGAGCAGAUGGCCAUGUCGGAGGAGGAGAUGGACCGCAGACCUGCCCCGUUGGUGUGAGCGUCUGA